CCCGCCAGGCCGGAAGUGACGCGCCGGAUGUUAUAAAAGCCGGCGGCGGCCGGGGCGGCGCUCACAAGGCUGGCGAGCAGCUAGGAUGGCAGAUGAGGAGGAAGACCCCACCUUUGAAGAGGAAAAUGAAGAAAUUGGGGGAGGAGCAGAAGGUGGACAGGGGAAAAGAAAGAGACUUUUCUCCAAAGAAUUACGAUGUAUGAUGUAUGGGUUUGGGGAUGACCAGAAUCCUUACACCGAGUCAGUGGAUAUUCUUGAAGACCUUGUCAUAGAAUUCAUUACUGAAAUGACUCACAAGGCAAUGUCCAUUGGAAGACAAGGUCGAGUGCAAGUUGAAGAUAUUGUCUUCCUGAUUCGAAAGGACCCAAGGAAGUUUGCUAGAGUUAAAGACUUACUUACUAUGAAUGAAGAAUUGAAACGGGCUAGAAAAGCCUUUGACGAAGCCAACUAUGGAUCUUGACACCGUUUGUAAUAUCUGAAGUUUUGAUAUUUUGUUUGGAAACCACGCAUUAUAACUUGUCUACAGUAAUAUCAUGAUAGCUAGGUAUGCAAUGAAGGAGGCCUUCAAUUUUAGCUUUAUAACUCGAGCCUUUCAUUGCCUGUCUUUAUCUGACUAUAUUUAAUUCUUUCCUGGGCUUUAAUGACUACUAACUUAAAAGUAUUGCCAGCUGUGUAGUUCCAUCUGAAAAAGGUAAAGUAGUAUUUAGUAGACUUGUGUAUUCCAAGCUAUCUACCAUAGCUGCAUAAUAUGCAAUCUAAAUAUCCUUUUGACUUUAUGAAAGUUGAGACUUGUGUUUGUAUUUCAAGUUUUUAUGACAGUGGCAGGAGAAGUUAUUAAAGAGAAUGAACUAGUUAGUUUGUAUUUCUUUUAGGAACCUAGUUCUUGUAAGAAUGUUUAUUUGUCUUAAUAGAGCAUUUAUUUUAAUAUUUUCUAAAGAAUACUUUUUUUUUUUUUUAAGAGAAACUACUAUUUGUUAAGUAUUAGUGGUCAUCUUCUUGGUAACAGUAAAGUUUCUAAAAAUAAUAGCUUUCAGUAGUAGGGAUGGCAAAGCUUAUAAACCUGAUGUCAGGACAGGUAUUUUGGGUGGUGUUAGUGACAUCAAUGUAAGUACUUUCAUUGUGAAAAUGUAUAGUUGACUAAACCUAUGUGUGGCCAUGCAAAACCAUUUUUGUAGUUAGUGAUAUGCAGGCUUUGUGUGUAUUUAGCUUAUUGCAUUAAAUUAUCCUGUUUAGUUUAUAAUAAGGGUUAAAAUUGCAUUUAAAGAGAUUACUGAAUGUUACUCUGUGAAACUUACUGGUGCUUCUUAACAUCUCUAAAUCAGUAGUUGGGGAAAUACCACCUGUUUUCUGCUGAUAAGGAAUAAAGAAUGAAAAAUUUAACACACUAA